AUGGCCGACAUUGCCCUCGGAGUCGUAGGACUGGCGGGUAUCUACGGCGCCAUCCUACAGGCCUUGGAGCACGUGGGCGCCGCCAUCUCCGCCUCCUCCGAUCUCUGCCUCCUCGAUACCCACCUAAACACGGCGCGCGCGUCUCUCAGCUCCUGGGGUGAACGAGUCGGUCUCUGCUCGGACGGUAGCCUCGACCAUGAGCACCACCCCAUCUUCGACGAUGAGGUCCGGCUGCGCGAGGUCCAAAGGGCCAUGGCGGCCAUCAAGCAAGUUGCUGGCCAGCUUCAGAGAAAUCUCGACAAGUAUAAGAGCCUCACUGCGACACCGGGCCAUGCGAAGACGGGAGCUUUGGAGGCGUUGAGAGACAAGGCGCGUCUCGGCGGAUCCGCGGCGAAGCGGUUCCGCUGGGCGGCGUGGGAUAAAAAGAACUUUGAGAGCUCGCUGGAGCAGAUGCUUAGCUUGAUCAGCCUGCUCUAUGACAUCGUGCCGGUUCAGGAUCUUGCGCUUUUGGGCAUGAGCGCCAACUUGCUAAAGCUUCUUAACACUACCAAAGGCAUGUUGCAUGAUGCUUAUAUGCGCCCUGCCUGCCACUCCUUUUCCAACCAACUUACAACUAACGAGCAUUGCAGAGAAUUCGAUUAUUCUUGCCCGAACCGCCAUAACACAUUCAGAAGAAGCUGUGAGGCCUUUUACGCGAAUGCCAGCUCAAAAGCCGCCCCAGAUACCUGCCAGUGGAUCCUGCAAGAUGAAGACGUGAAGAGGUGGCUCGAUCCUCAACCAGAGGCCCAGGGCCCUCCGCCGCCAAAUCCACCGCACAUAUGGCUCUACUCGAAGCACGCCGGAGUGGGAAAGACCGUGGCCGUGGCUAAACUCAUCUCGACGCUCAAGGCGACGGACAAGACCGUGGGCUAUUUCUUCUGCACGCACGAAACGAGCAGCCUCCACGUGGUGGACGGCAUCGUGAAGACGUGGAUACACCAGCUCAGCCGCGUCGCCGGCUGGGACCACGUCGAAGCGGCCAUGGAGAGUGCAGAAAAGGGUGAACCCGUCGAUCUCUGGGCGACCCUUCGGGCCCUUGUCACCCAGCUCCCGCCAGUUUAUCUGAUCAUUGACGGUAUUGACGAGGUGCAGGAUCAGCAGGUCAAGUACCAAGGCGGCGUUCGCACAUCGUUCCUCAAACGGCUUCGACAGGAGCUUUCUUCGAGCGCGGCUCGGGUUCUCAUCAUGAGCCGCUACGAACCUGACAUCGAGGAGGCUCUUUCCACCACGGCCGAUAUCAAAGUCGUCGCGCGCCAGCAAGUGACCUCUCGCCUCACGUCGCUCUCUCCCGAGGUCCAGGACAAGUUGGUCACAGAGGUCGUGGAAAAGGCAGAUGGCCUCUUCAUCCUCCUCGUCUCUCUCCUCGACCCCCUCGAGGACGGCAUGAGCGAGUCCCGCGUCCGCACCAUGCUCUCCGAAUCCAUCGGCGGGCCCAAAGCCGCGACGAUUCUCGACCAAGCGUACGGCAUCUGGCUCAACCGUAUACUCACCCUUUCCGACUCGGACACGCGGCUGAUGUGUCUCUCCAUCCUGUUUUGGCUGCUAUUCUCCUGCCGACCUCUUGAAGUCGGCGAGAUGCUCGAUGCUCUCAAAUUUGACCUAGAUGAGCCGAGCCAGAGAUGGCGGGCGCCGGAAAUACUCCACGAGUCGGACUUCCGGGCCAAGCUCCUUCGCCAUUUUGGGGGUUACUCGUGCUUCAGGAUGCCUCAGAGAGCGGCGGAAUAUGUCCAGGGCAUCGCUUCGCUUUCUAGCGACCGAGAUAUCCCAAAGUGGCUCCAGUACCGAGACCAUCGAUCGGCCAAUACCCAUAUCACAAAAUCGUGCCUCCACUACAUGAUGCAGUCGGAGCUGGACAAAUAUCCGGCGUUGCAGGUCCCCAGCAGCGUGUUCCACAAGGGAUACGAGUACGACGCCGGUUUCUACGACCGCCUCCGCGCAAAGGCUCCGUUCUACGACUACUGCGCCGAGUUUUGGACGCGUCACAUGGACUUGGCGUGCCCUCGGCCUGGCGUUGCCAUGUGCUUUGACAUUUCGCCAGAGAUGCUCGAAGGCAAAGCCGGCACGUCCUCGGCGAAGGCUCUCCUCACGGUCAUGAACGCCGUUACGUUCGAUUACGCGCGACAGGCAGAUCGAGUCUUUGGAUACGACAACCCCAGCGUGCCCAGCAGACUGUUUAACUGGUACUUCUGGCGAGACCACUUGUUCGGAGCCUACGGCUACAACCGCCGCGCUCUGCGGCUGCAAUCUCGCCUCUCCCACGCCCUCCGCUUGAGAAGCGCGUCCCUGGCCGCGCUCAUCGUAGACCACGGCGCCGACAUCAACUUCCUGAUGCCCAACCGCUUAACCACCUACCAGCAAUGGACAGCCCGGGUCGGCCGCGAUUCUUUCCUCUUCAUGUAUGUUCUCCGAAACCACUUUGGGGGCAACUUCAAGUUGAAGCAGCCCGACCAGGCCAUCCACUUUGUCUUUGGCAACGUAUCCUUCCAGUCCCCGGGCACCGCCUGGAUCAACCCGCUGAGGGCCAAAGCUCUCCUACUAGGAAACAAUCUGCAGGAGACGGUGACGUACUGGAGAGUCGAGACGGAGCACGGAGGCCAACUCCUCCGGGCCAUGAUCUCGCACGGGCAAGACGUGAACAAUAAAAGCCUGCUGGGCCCCUCCGCCAUACACUCAGCCGCUGUGCUCGGACACACCGCCGCCCUCCGAAUCCUCAUCAGCAACGACGCCGACGCGAACAUCGGUGCCUGGCUACGGCCGACGUCCACCCUUAUUGGACAGGCGUGGGAAGUGUGCCAAACCGUCUUCGAAAUGCUGCAGGAGCUUCUCCCGAGCGGCCAACUAUCGCACGGUAGGGUAUUCGGCCACCUUCUCGAGGUCAUCGAGCAGGCGAGCGGGUGGGAAGGAACCCACCGCGAAUCCGUCUUGAAGCUGCUCUUAAGUGAAGACGCCUUGGCGGCCAAUUCCGCGGGCUGGAUCUCCCGCGAGCGAAUCCACAUGGCUACCCGGAUCGACCUCGUCGACAAGGUCCAGGCCCUUCUCAAAGAGGGAGCAAACCCAAACCUCUCCGGGCCCUGGUACGGCACCCCGCUCUUCGUGGCAUGCUACACGGGCAACAUGGACAUGGUCCGUCUCCUGCUCGAGCACGCAGACAUCAACCUCCCCGCAAAGUCGCGCAUCCUCCGCCUCGAGCUCGACGCCUCGUUUACAUGGUCCGGUCUAUGGCGCAAGUCCCUCCGCAACCCCGCGUCCGCCUACACGCCCCUCCAAGCAGCAGCGUACCGCGGCCACUACGACGUCGUCAAGCUCCUCCUCGACAGCGGGGCCGAAAUCAACGCCAACGCGGGGAACGCCGGCACGGCGCUCUAUUUCGCCGUGCUCGGCGCGCGGUUCAAGCACGAGGGCGACCUGCGUGAGGCGGAACGGCAAGGCGGCGGCCAAGUCGACUACUGGGUGAAGAAACGCAAGGCGCUGCACGAAACCCACCUCAAGAUCGUCACGCUGCUCCUCGAGCGCGGCGCCUCGCCCAAUUCCACCGGCGGGCGCUACUGGUGCCCCUGCAGGUGGCGUGCCUGGCCGGGAACUUGGACAUGGUCGCCGCUCUGCUCCGGGCCAAGGCCGACGCCAACGCCGCCGGCGGGAAUUCGGCACCCGCUGCAGGCGCUGCUCGCCAACUUUCCCGAAAACAACGAGGAGGCCAGGUACGAAGGGAUGCAGAUGGAGCCGGGUUUCGGCCUGGUCCUCACCGGGUGGUCGAAUCGGUUUGCGGCGGCCCCGUAUGCCAUUCUCUACAUCAUCAUGUCCCUCUGGGCGCCCCCUGACCAGACGUUCAAAAUCCUCGGCCUGCUUCUACGUGCGGGCGCAGACCCUACCCUCAUUUCCGGGAAGGGCGGAUCCGCCCUCCACGCGGCCGCGUAUUCUUCGAGCAUCGGCGUGCUCGCGCUCCUGCUCCAGGACGACUACUCUACGCUGGAAGCGAGGCGCAAGACGGUCAACUACGACGCCCCGCUCUUGGGGACGGCUCUCGACUGCGCCACGGGGACUUUCCGAUGGGAUAAAGCGCUCAUCCUCCGGCUCUGGGCGGACAGCGAGAUCCGCUUCCGGGGUCUUCUUCGUCUCCGGGCCAAGAGGAUCUUUGUCAAGAGCGAGUGGACGGAGAAUAAUUUUGUCGAGGUAUAA